AUGACCACGCAGCGCGGCGGGCCUUCCCCGGCCCCUGCACCCGCCUCCCCCGUGGCGGCCGCCAGCCCACGCCCCGAGCUGCCGUGGGCAUUCAUCGACUGUCCCGCCGAAACGCUCGUCGUGCUCAUCGCGCACAUGUUAGAGCUGUUAUGCCAACACAACGACCAGGUCCUCUUAACCCCCGACGCGCUCACACGCUUCCACUCGCGAGCUCCCCCGGGUAUUACCAUUAUCGACUACCUCCGCCGUAUCGUAAAGUACACCAACCUCGAGAAAAUACCUCUCCUCUCGCUCCUCGCGUACAUCGACCUCACAUGCCAGAACCUCCCCACCUUCACCCUCUCCUCCCUCACCGUACAUCGGUUCCUCAUUGCGGGCGUCACCGCCGGCUCCAAGGCGCAGUGCGACGUGUUCUGCACCAAUGCCCACUACGCCAAAGUCGGCGGUAUCAAAGUCGGCGAGCUCAACUCGCUCGAGCGCGAGUUCCUGCGAGUAACAGGAUGGGCGCUGUGUUGCAAUGCAGACCUGUUACAGCGAUAUUACACGUCGUUAAUUCGCUCGCACGGCGGCUUUGUGCAGGCUCCCGAGCCCGAAGUCUCGCCAUUCAUGGCCUUCCCAGACGCAGGCAAGACGCAGUCUGACCCAGACACGCCGGCCAAUAGCGCAAGGGACGAGGCCGAGGCGAACGGGUCCGAGAUGGGGUCUGUGGACGAAGGGGACGAUGACGAUGAGGGCGAUGAGGAUGAGGACAUGGACGUUCCACCUCCUCAAGGACGGGGGAGACCACGAGAGCGCGACGGGAUGGACGUGGACACCCCCGAAGUGGAGACCAAGCUGGGACGGAGCGUCGACAAGGUCCACGGGCUCAAGCAGCUAGUCGGCGGUAUACUUGGGCGCCGGAACCGCCCGCACUCGCAGGACGCGAUGCACAGGACACCGCAAACAGCUCCAGGAGGACAAGCGCACGACCGACCAGGAUCCGCAGCGACAUCCGCCACUGUCACCCCAGGGACGGCGCGCGGAAAUGGCAACGGACACACGGUGCGAUCGCGGCCUGUCCCGUCGCCUGCGCUCGACCACAGCAGUCCGACCAAGCAGCUCACGCCGCGGGUGCGAACUCGCGACGAGCGGUCUGUUGAGAGCUUGAGGGGCGUCGGCAUGCCACCUCCCGUCGCAGUGGACGACUGCAAGCGGCGCGCGAGGGGAGAUUAG